GGCUCCGGCUCCCGCCGUCCAGAGGGAAGCGCGUCCCGCGGGUGCCGGCGUGCGCGGUCCUCCCGGGGCUCGGCCAUGCUGCUGUCGCUGCAGGCUCCGAGGGGGUCAGCGCUGCCCGCCUCCCUCCGCCCGCCCGCCCGGAGAUAAGCCAAGCCAUGACCGCAGCGCCUCGGGGGCCAGAUCUCAGUUUUUUAAAGGAGGAGGAAGCCAGGGCCAUUUUUCAGGUGCUGCAGAGGGACUCGGAGCUCCGGCGGGCUGAGAAGGACAGAGUCAGCAAACUUCUGAAGAGAAAGAAUGCUGAAACAGGGCUACAAGGAGUGACUGGAGAAUGGUUUGAAGAAAUACAAAGAAAAAAAUUUCAGAAUUACAUUGAUGUCAAUAGAAUGCUAAAACCACCAUUAGAGCACCAGCUAAGGAACAGGAAAAACACUGAUAAUAAAGAAUUAAAAAUGUCAUCCCGCACAAAUCCUCAAGCACAAAAGAACACUUCAGCUUCCUUUCUGGGGUUCAGAUCACCGUUUGCUUGGCUUUUCUCCUUUAGAAAAUCAAGGAAAAACCAGACUCAGAAGCAACCACGAUAUGACAAUUCUGCUAGCUCAUCUUCGAAAGCGGAAGAAAUGGCAACGGCUGAAAUGUGUCAUUCCCCAAUGUCAACUGAAACAAGUAGUCAUUCUUUUGAUGCAAACCAAAAUGAAAUGAUGGAGAAAAGUACACAGGAAUGGAAUGAACAGCUAGAGAAGGAGGUUUUCAGUGUUCUAAAUGAUCUGGAUGACCAGCUGGCCCAGGAACAAGCCCAAGACCCAUUGGACAGGACAGUUUCUACUAGCAAUGCAUCAAAUGUCCAAUACAGUAGUGGAUUCCCUACUUUAAAGAGGCAGACUGUUAGUAGGGGGCAACACAGAAAUGACUGGAGUGACAUGCCUAGCACAUUUUUCCCAGAUGGACUGAGAACAAUAAGAGCCAAAGAUGAACACAAGAUUUUCAUCAGACCAAGGAAAUUACACAGUGCAUAUAUAAACUGGCACCAGACAGCCUUUCAAGAAGAUUACAAAUAUGGUGAUCCAGUCGAUGGAAAUUCUUGUCUGCUAAGCAGCAGGAUGUCUUCCGUUUCUUUUGGACGGUCUUCAGAAGGUAGCUUAUAUCCUCCUUCCAUAACACAGAACAGCGGAUUUAGGCACAAGAGUUGUAUGAACAGGGAUACUGCUGGCAGAAGUUACUCUGUAUGUUCCCUUCAGAGAUGUCCAUCAUUAGUAUCUUCUGACCAGCUAUCAGCAUCUAGUUUACAAUAUCCGUUCACAAGGGAGAGCAACAAUGGUUUUUUACCAAGGUUUGGUCGACAGAACCCAAAGAGAAUUCCUCUGUCUUCUAUUGUAUGGAACAACACAACAGACUCUCCUGGACAAACAUCAACUCAAGAAAAAAUGUUUAGAACCCAAUCACUGACGGAGUUUCAUGCUACGGACCAUGGUAGAUAUCCUAGUUCUUUGCAAGAAACCAAGAAAUACUCAUGUUACCACUCAAAACACCACUACAGAAGAUCUAUUUCAAGCAGUAAUUGCUUUAGUAGAGUUAGUUGCCCUGACAAAGCUACUUCUCCAUUGUCCCUUGAUAAUUGGGAAAAUUAUCCUUUAUACAAAUCAGAAAAUAAUCUCUCUAGAUCCUACUAUAGAGACAUUUCUUCUCAUGGUAAGUUGUAUGCAAAUGAAAAAAAUUCUUAUGGAAGAAAAGACAGCUAUCCUUCUUGGGCUGAUAUUCCUCAGUACUACAGUGAUGAAGCGUUUAUUUCCCCUGAUGCCAGCUUUGAAGUGAUUAUGGCUAAUUUAAAUGACCAGCAGUGGGCACAUACAAAGAAUGCCAAGUGUGGUUCACGGCACCUGCAGAAUGAUUUUCACAUGUAUUCUCCAGAAAAUACGAAUAUCAAAAGGAUAACAAGAAGUGCAAAUAGAACUUUUUCAGAAGUCACUGAGGGCUGUCAGCCUUGGCUAAGUUGUAACUCUUCAGUUUCUUCGUCUAGUAUCAGAACUGAUGAGUCAGUCUUUCCUAAUUCAGAGGACCAAACAAAACCUAUAGGACUGAACAGGAAUUCAGUCAUCGUUACCCAAAGAAAUACUAAGGCAGACUUUACACAACUAGAAAAGGUUGCAGGUAUGAAACUGCCAGGUGAAGACUUGCCGUUACAGUCAGUUUCUCAACAAGCAGAUACAAACUACAUCAACACCCAGAGUUUUCCCUCUAAUAGCCUUGCUUCUGCCAUGUUGCAAAGUGAUGCAUCUCUCUUUAACACGAGAUCAAAGAGACAAACCCAAAUCACUGCCAGAGGAGAUACUGCAAAAAUGUAUACAUCAAAUGGUGAUAAAAGAAAUGUACAAAUGAAGGAAAACAAUUGCCCACCCAACAGUGUGUUUAGUCAGCCUCCCUGUAUUUUGCCAGCUGAUGAGAGCAGGAAGGAACCUUUCCUUCCAAGUGAGAAGGAACAGGAACAUAAUCUGCAUUACGCAGCAAAAAGAGAGAGCAUUAAACAGGAUAAUCAGAGUGCAGAAGCCAUUAACCAAGCUACUCCAAAGAGGCAGUCCUCACUGCUGAAUGUUGCUUCUGCUCCAUCCACUGAAAAAUUAGCAAACUGCCAAGGCAUGUUGUCCUGUCCUCCUGAAUGUUCAUCUAGCUCCUCACAAAGUUCUCCACAAGCACUUUCUUAUAAACACAUUUCUAAAUGUUUAGGAACGCUAACUAGUUCUUCAGUAAAUUGCACAGUUACUGAAUCUCAAGGAGAAGGUGGAAAAACAGCUCAAGUGAGCAGAAUAGGUGUUAACAAAAAGAUUUCACAGAAAACACUGCAAAAUACAAGCACUUUAGUUACUAAGGACUCUAAUGGACAAUUCACUACUAGUUCUCCACAAAAUGGAAAUUCUGGAAAUAUUUAUAUGCAUAGCUUUGAUGGAGACCCCAAGACCUCUGAACAUAGUUUAAGUUAUUUUUGCCUAGAAAAAGAAAGCGGAAAAAUAAGGAGUAAUUCACCUUGUAUUGAAAGGCUUCACAAGCAAGACAGCUUGCUGAGACAUACCAGCAGCUGCAGCAUUACUGGCUCCCCUAGCAGAAACAGCCUUAAAUCUCCUGACCCGCUUGUUAUUUAUUACACUUUGCCUAGAAAAUCAGCUAGCAUUGCUGGUAGUAUUAUGUCAGAUACGCCCAUCUCUUUACCUAGAGAAAGUAGAACAACAUACGAUUGUUUAAGGUCUGAAACUCCAUGUAGAGCUGAUGCCUUUUGUUCUAAGAAAAGAGAUGUGUCUUGUUUAGACUCAAAACAUUCCUUUUUAACAUCAGCAUCAUUAAAUGCUGCUACAAGUAACAAAGAUUACCCCAGUCCUUUAACCAAAAGUCCUAAUGAUUCAGUAAGUAGUAGUACAUCAGUUGAACUGACAGACAGAUGUAAACAUCUAAGCAGAAGAGAAUCCUCUGUGGUUUCAGAUUGUAAGGAGAGGGGAAAUUUUUUGCAGAAAUAUAAAACUACAAGCACAUUUACAGUUUGUGUUGAUGAAGAUCAUGUCAAGUAUCAUGAACUAGUUUCAAUUUAUUACACAUUACCACGAAGGCAUUCAAGAACAUUUUGUAACCUCUUUAGAGAUAAUUCAGAGGAUGCAGAUUUACCUUGUCCCAAAGAAAAUGCUCAGUCACCAAGAAUACAAAACAAGAAAAAUGAAGGUCAUGUGAGUUUAGCAAAUGUUUUUUUCCCCAGUACUUUGGAAAAAGAGGUGCCUUCAUAUUCAUCUGACGAAGCAUCUUCCGCUCUGGUCACACCUCAGAACUUAGGAACUGCUGCUGAUAGUGAAGAAGAGAAUUCCCACUUAUCUCCUAGCUCUGAGAAGAUAUGUACUUCAAAGUCAGUGAGUAUGGUACCUAGUGGGAAAGAUGGUUCAGCAGAUCUUUCAUUAGCAGAAAAUGUGCUUUCAGACAUGGUGACAAAAGAAAUUUCUUUUGGUGGUCCACAAUCCACUGCAAUAGUGGCUAAGUCAGGUAAGGCCAUGUCUGAUGCUUCAAGCAGCCAAAAUACAGAAAUAUGUCUAAAAGAAAAGAAGGACAUUUUACAAACAGCCACACCGCUGAUGUCCACUUUAUCAACCCUUCCCAAGCCAGGCAGACGUUUAGAGAAUCCUUUGUAUUCUACUUCAACAAAUAAAAAUAUUAUACAGAAGGGAAACUCUGAAAACUGCCGUCAGCCCCUUAAAGUGAACACCAAUAAAAAUCUGAACAGUUUACUCCUCCACCCAGAAGAGAAGAGUUCCCUUGGAAGGAACAGUAACACAGAAUGUGCUGAUGUGCCACUUCCUCCUGCGGAAGACACGUACAGGGAUAGUACCGAAGUCAAACAGAGAGUAAACUUCCUACACCAAACCACCCCUCUGUAUAAUAAUAAAUGUAGUGGACUGCAAUUAAGGGCUGACAGUUCAAGAAAAAAUGCAAAUUAUUUAAACUCUUGUAGCAAAGUGCUUUCAGAGUCUCAGAACAAAGCAUCUGAGGUAAGCACAGUUUCCAGUGCUGAUCCAUUACUUCAGCUAGAUGAAGUGGUUAGCACAGAUACAGAUGAAUUAAAGAAAUCAAAAAUUAAAAAAGAGCAAAACUCACAGAGUACUCGGAUGGGUAAAGAUAAUAGUGGUUUUCAGGAAUCAGAGAGGUACAGUGAAGGCAGCCUGAACAUUAACUGUAAAGAUAAAGUCCUCAGGGUUACACAAGAUCAGAAGAGAACAGAGGGUGCAGAAGAUGAGAACAAGCUUCUCUCUGACUGCACAAGAGACAAAGUCAAAGAUAUAGAAAAAAGGAAAAACAGACCUUCAAUUAAAAAUAAACUUGCAGCUGUUUACAAAACAAGUCGAAAAUUUUCAAGUAAAAAUUUACCCCCCAAACCGCAUAUAAGUAACAUAUUUUCACAGAACAACGGAAGUGCCACUUCUUUGGAGGUCAACGUGUCCCUUGACUCAUUGAUUUCAAUAGAUCCCCAUCAGCCAUUCCUGCAGUUGGACAAUGAAAAUCAGAAUCACAGUCUGGACCCUGACAAGAAUACGCCAAGACCAAGAACAGCUGAGAAUAAGAAGACUGAAAAUCGGAAUGAUCCUUCUUUCCUUGUUAAUAGCAAUUGGAAGUGUUUUACAAGCUCGUACACCCAGAAGGAAGCCACCAGUCCCAGAAAAACUGCGGUGAAAGUGGAAAAUAUGCCAAGUCUUACAACCCUAUUUCCAGAUAAAACGGUAACCACAAGAAAUAAGAAUUCCCAAACAUCUGAUCUCAGGUUAGAAAGCAAAAGCCAGCCCAUCUCCCCCAGUGCUACUACAUCAGACCCACUGGAUGAUGAGAAAAGAAGAGCUAGCAGUCGUGCCUGCAGUCCAUCCUUGCCACUUCUAACUGACAAAAACUCAAACACAUAUGUAAAUAGCUGCUUGCAGGCAGACACAUGUCCAGAACAAAACUUGACUUCCUGGACAGUGCUUGGUCGGUGUCAAAAUACCUGUCAGUCUGCUAGCUUAAAAAAUGCUAACUUGCAUAGCCAUCAGUUGCGCAAGAGUCAUGCCAAAAGUCAGCGUGAGCGUCACCUUUCUGAGAGUAUUUGUGCUCGAGAUUCCUGUGAGACCUUCGCCUUGGGAAGCAAUAUUCUAACAAAAGAUGGUAUACAUGGGAGGAGAUUUAAAUCUUACUCAGAGCUGUUGUCUUGUGAUGAAAAUGAAAACUGGGCAUCGGACGAUGAAAAAUGUUACAGCGCUAGGAAUUUGAUGUAUCCUUCGGUUGAAUUUGGUAUAUUUGGCAAAGAACAACAGUUGGCUUUCCUGGAAAAUAUCAAGAGGUCACUCACAGAAGGGCGAUUAUGGAGACCUUGUCUUCUUAAUAACCCUGGUGCUCUCAGAGAUAGAGAGACCCCUUCUAUAAAAAGGGCUGAGCUUUUGAGCUCAAGUUCUGCUGAGAGCAAAAUGUCAUCGGCUGCUUCAUCCCCCCGAGAGCCGACUGAUAUCUAUCGGGAAGACCCAGCAGCUUAUUCGGACUCAGACAGUGAUACCACUACCGAUGAUGAAUACUACCUAGAUGAGAUAGAUAAAGAAUCGGAGCUAUGAAGGGCCCAUGGUACUAAGACGGCAGGAUAGCUCAGUAGUUUCUGGGCAGGCAAAAACACCUAAAAUACUUCGAGCCAGUUCUUGUGCUGCUAUAAAUUGGUACAACUUCAUUAAUUUUAAAGAAGUUAGUAUGUCGUGUUAGCUUGAGCAUUUGACUUUUGUCUUAACAAUGGUGAAGCCACAUACUUGUUUCUCCUAGCAGGGAAAAAGAAUGUUAAAAAAUGCCUUCCCAAAAUAAUAGAAGGUAAACAACUGUGGAGCUUCGGGCAGUAUAACUCCAGAGAUGGCUUUCCUCUGAGUCAGCAAGCAGUGGCUUAGGCUCCUGCCAGCUACGCAGUGCCGGAAUGGAUAAAUUCUGGCUUGAGCUACUUUUUCUUACAAGCCUUAACAGAAAACCUAGAGGUUACUUUGCUCAUAAAUUGCUGUUUCUCCAGUUUUCCUCAUUUACCAGAUCAAGCAUGAUAAUGCCAAUCCAUCCCACCCAACAAACACCCCACAAAACGAAACCUGUUCAGCAUUUUACAGCAUAUUGUGUAUGAAUGUUCUUUUUCUGCAUUCCUGGGAAGUGUAGCAGUAAUGUCUCUGGUGGCGUUUGUUCUGCUAUGCAGUUGAGGCAGAUUCCACACCAGGAUUUUUCUCCUCAGCAUUGCAAGAGCAGUGAGCAAUGUGAGUUGCAGAAGUGCUGCUAGUGCCUGGGAAACAGCUCGGCAAAGGGCACAGCACUGGAAAACUCACUGAAAUUCCUGAGGAUGUUAAGAAACACAGCUGAGCAUGGAAAUCUGCUUUUCAGACAUGGGAAAUUAAUAACCGGCACAGCUUUGGCUAAAAUUGAGAUGAACAGCCAGAUUUCUGCCUUUGAUUUAGGAACGGGUUAAUUUGGAUUAGCAAUCUGACACUUUAACCCAUGCAAAAUGUAAAAAGAUUUACCCUAUUUAUUUCCUAUAUAAACCUCAUAGGUUGAAUCCUAAGUUGCCCUAAUAGCGGGAAGACAACCAUAACCAAUACAACUUGUUACAUCCCUACGUUCUCCUGCUGCCCCUGUGCUUGGCUGGUCUCGGGGUGAGGCACCUGCAGUCGCUGGGCUCCUUCAGGGCAGCACCACCCGAGGCGGCCCAAGAGGGCACUUGGCUGGGUCACAACUGCGCCGUACAGACUGGUGGGUUUGUACAUACGAAGUAAAUAAAACCAGUAAGAAAUCCUCUUUGCCUUUUGCUAAAUUACCAUCCUUUUUUGGUAUUUUUCAACCAUUCUCACUGUCAUCACGGUACUUUUUAUCCUUUGAACUGAACGGCUGUAAACGCUUUCUAGUGGCUCUUCUUCAGCCACACUAAUAAUGUAGUAUUAUUAGUCAGUAGCCAAAACUCGUCCCUGGCCAUUAAAUUUCUAACUAAGCUUUGAUUUCUUCUUAUGCAAAAUCAGAAGUGGCUCACUGAGCCAGAAGAUAGUAUUUUUAAAUAAUGAUACAUUCACUUCUACUUUAUUUCUAAUUUCACAUAUGGUCUAAAAUGAUGAUCCAUAUUUUUAUACACUUUUUAAUUCAAUAAAAUUUCUGUAGAACAUAAUUAUAUUUUUGUAACUGGAAGGACAGUAUACUGGUAUUUUAAAAUAAUAUAUUUUACACAAAACAAGCAAUGCUUGUAUUACUGACUACUCCACAAGAAACUAAAAGAUAAAAAUACUGUAGUAGGUAACUGGAUUCCUUAUUUUUUUAUACUGUAAACUUCGUUAAAGAAGUGGGUCUGUAGUUCAAAUCUGUACCGAUAUAUAAGUGUUAUUACUUUAUACUGGGGUAAUUUGUCUUUUGUUGUACAUAGAAGGACUAAUAUAGUAUUUAUAGUCAGACUUGAUCUCUAUGACAUGCCUGAAUUGGAAGGAUAUAAACAUACGUUGACAUAUGCAAUGCUGGAAGGAAAUGACUACUGUAUAAUUGCUAUCCUGUAAAAUGGGGUAUUCUAAGGAGAAAUUAUGUUUUUCUGUAAAUGGCUCUAUUCUAUAUGUACAGGAUGCUGUAGAGUAAGACAAUAAAACCAGUUGAGUAUCAGGAAUUUCUGCUGCUGUACAUUUCUGCAAAAUAUGUUAAUCCAAAAAUUGGGAAUACCAGCCUACAUAAGGUAAAGAGUAAUAAAAUAAAUGUUUACAAGGGAAGUAAAUGGUCGUACAGUUUUUCUUGACUAGAAGUGGAUGGUUUAGAACAUUUUUAUUUGUAAAUAUUUUCUACCUGUUCAAGAAGUUGGAUUAAGUUCUCCCCUUGCUGGCAUAAUUUUUUUCAUUUGCUGUGCUAUGUACGUACAGGAAAUUAGGUGGCUUGAUUUAAUGUAAGCAAGUAAAAACUGCUUUUGGUCAUAAAUCAGUUGUGGAAGACUGCAGCCUAUUGAGGAUCUGUAAACUAAUAUUUACACUGAAUAAUGGUAGUCUGCAAAACAGACAACUGCAUGAAAACAUAGGGAGAAAUACCCUUUGAAUAGCAAUCAGCUCCAUUCAGUUUAGCAGAGCUGGAUUUUGACACCUUUGCUCUUCCAAGCUUUUUCUUUGGCAAAAGUAUAUUCUAUAAAUGUUCGUAAUUUAUAGGAUUUUCAUAUUUAAAAUUAUUUGUUUGAAAUAA